AUGAAUCUAGGACUUAGGAGACAAGUUAUCAACGUAUACAAAGAGUUGCUGGAAAUGGGCAGACACUACCCGCUGGGCUACGACUAUUUUAGACCCAGGUUGCACAAGGCAUUCAUGUCCAAGGCUCAUCUGACAGACGAGGAGCAGAUACGUCAAGGGAUCAAGCGAGCGGAGUUCGUGAAGAAGGAGAUUGAGGCGCUCUACUUCCUGAAAAAAUACCGAACGAUAAAGCAACGAUAUUCCUGA